AUGAAAUGGAGACAUUCGAAGACCACAAUCACGACAUGGCAUCGAAUGAAGCAUCGAAUGAAGCUUUCGAAUGUGACGAUUGCGCAAGCGACCUUGACAGUGUCCCUGCUGAGCAUGUGCUUGAGCUCCCCAGAGGUGGUACCAAUUGACCACAGCUUUACUAGGGUCCGUCCACUUGCAGUGUGCAGAUCGAAAAGCAAAACAAUAUUGUUGUUGUUCAACCAUGAUCCACUUUUGGGUUACAAGAAUCACAAGAGUCAUGUUUGUUUACUUUGGGCGUUGGUUCUUGGAAUGCAAACUGGCAGUUUGCAUCGGAUUGCAAGUGUUGGCACUUUAUGUGUGAAAAUGCUAGUAAAACAUAAGGCAGCGUAA